CAACGCCCCGGGUCAGCCAAGCUGGAAGCCGGGGUUGCUGCAUGGGGUGUCUGGCUGCCGCGCGGCCGAGGCUUCCUUGACAAGGAAGCAGCACAUUGAUUUAUAGUCUGGUGUAAACUUGUCACGUUGGAGACCAGCACUUCAGUGUGCUUUAUGGACCAUGUGCUGCUAUGUAUGCCUGAAGUACUUGAAAUGCAAAUUUGGAGAGACUUUGCCAUCUAAAUGCUUGGCUGGAUUAAACGCCUAAUUAGGAUGGUUUUUCAACAGGUUGGAAGCAUGCAAUCGGUACUUUGGUCUGGGAAGCCAUAUGGUUCAUCUCGAAGUAUCGUAAGGAAAAUUGGUACUAAUUUAUCUCUGAUCCAGUGUCCAAGAGUUCAGUUUCAGCUUACCAGCCCUACAACAGAAUGGAGCCCCAGACAGCCAGGAGAGGAUGCAGUGGUGUCUUUUGCUGAUGUUGGAUGGGUAGCCAAAGAAGAAGGAGAGUGUUCAACAAGACGAAGGACAGAGAUCCGGUCAAGGCAACCCCUUCAGGAUGAUCUUCCUUUCUUUGAGAAGCCCCCAGCCAGGCAGUUUUCCUUACCAAACCUGUCUCUGGAAGAGCCUCCACUGCGGACCAUGACACUGGCCAACGAGGAAGCACUGCAGAAGAUCUGUGCCCUCGAAAGUGAGCUUGCUGCCCUCAGAGCUCAGAUUGCCAAAAUUGUGACCCUCCAAGAACAGCAGAACCUCAGUGCAGGUGACUUAGAAUCUACGGCAUCCGUUGCCACAGCGCCACCCUCUGUCCCGCCACCUCCCCCUCCGCCACCUCCCCUCCCUCCGUCAGGGCUCCGCCAAAGCGCAUCUGCUAUUGAUCUGAUUAGAGAUCGAAGAGAGAAAAACGCCUGUGCUGGAAAGACUUCAGUCAAGAGCAAUCCAAAGAAAUCUGAUAUGCCAAAUAUGCUGGAGAUCCUUAAAGACAUGAACAGCGUGAAACUUCGGUCAGUAAAAAGGUCAGCACAAGAUCCAAAGCCCAAACCGGUGGAUGCUGCUGACCCUGCUGCCCUCAUAGCAGAGGCUCUGAAAAAGAAGUUUGCUUAUCGGUAUCGAUGUGAUAGCCAAGGUGAAGUUGAAAAAGGAAUUCCAAAGUCUGAAUCAGAGGCCACCUCAGAAAGAGUGUUGUUUGGGCCACACAUGUUGAAGUCUACAGGAAAAAUGAAGGCUUUAAUUGAAAAUGUUUCAACUUCCUAAUAGUGAGCUGAGAAAGACUAUCCUACUAGUUCAGCUGUUGGUGUAUUAGGGCUGUUCAGCUAAUAGCAAUGAACACUAUUUGGUAAAUA